UUCCGCGCCACAGCCAAACAGAGUCGCAACUUUUUUUACAAAUCGAAUAUGAGGACCUGUGGGAUUGACGCCGAAAAUGGCUCUGUUUCAGGUGAACCCAAGUCCGUUGCCUACGCCUUAAGAUGACCUUCAUUUUGCCAUUUUCUAUACCACGAAUAUCCACCCUGGUCUGUAUUACAAUUUCCGCCGCUGGAUGGCAAAUGAAGUCAACAAAAAUUUUACCAGCUUUACUAAAGCACAUCAACGUGCUAUUUGUCAACCCCCCGAGAUUUUGCAACUGAGACGCGAGAAAAGAGAACUCGGGGCGGAGAUGUGGUCCAUGGCUGGCAUAAUCAAGAACACCCUUGGAUCCCUUAUCACUAUUAAUUGGCUCAUUCAGAUGCUUUGUUCAUCCAGUAAUCUUAUAGAAAACAGGUCCAUGUCCCAGUUCACCUUCUAUGCACGCCAACACAUGCAAGACCCAACUAUCCAUGAUGAAGUCCUUAGUGUGUACACGGCCGAAUAUCUUGGUGCGCCUAACCAUGAAGCCAUUUCCAUUGAAACCAACCCCACCGCCCCGCGAAUGUCUGAAGGAGGACUGGAAAUUUACUCCAGGGUAUGAAAUAUGACCCAAGAGGUUCUUUUGACCCUGAGUUCUCGGCGUCUUAUGUCCCAGGCACAAAGAAAAUGAUUGGAUCCAUUGCGCAGGCAGAUUUGGCCAGAUUCGAGCAGUCGAGACGCCUCGGGCCCAGCUGACGCUCGGGGGCAAGCAAUUGUAUCCUGGUACACCACUUUAUCGUUGUGGAGACUGGCUGCGAGAUGGUCAGAAAUUGGCAUUUGACAAAGGCAUCUUGAAGCGGUAGAAUGAGCUCGAGCGCUGGUUCUUCGGCCCUUGGAAAAGAGGUUCAUUCUCCACCUGAGCUUAUUUCCAACAUGUCACGAAUCUGGGUUGCAACAGUCUGGGCUCAAUUCCGUUACCUUUCUUCUUUCCUACUGUUCCCG